AUGGUUGAACCCAAAAAAGUGGAGGAGGCUCUUCUUGAUGAAGAUUGGACACAAGAAAUGCAAGAGGAUCUUAAUCAAUUUGAAAGAAGUAAGGUAUAUGUGGAUGACAUAAUAUUUGGAUCUACAAAUGGUCUAAUGACUCAAGAGUUUUUUAACCUUGUGAGUGGAGAGUUUGAAAUGAGCAUGAUGGGUGAACUUAAUUUCUUUCUUGGAUUACAAAUCAAGCAAAUACCCACAAGUACCUUGAUUCAUCAACAAAAGUAUGUGAGGGAACUACUCAAAAAGUUCAACAUGAGUACUCAUAUUGCUACUGCUACUAAGUUAAACUUGGAUGAAACAUGUGCAUCUAUUGAUCAGAAGAUGUACAACGGAAUUAUUGGGUCUCUAUUGUACCUUACUGGAAGUAGACCUCAUAUCAUGCUUAGUGUUUGA